UCCCCGAAUCGCCGAUCCACUCUCUCCACCCGGCCCUCUUCUUCCCGAUCUCCCCUCUGCUCAAGCCGAACUCCCCUUCUUCUUCUUCUUCUUCUUCUUCUCGUCUCUUCUCCGACGCGACGCAGAGGCUGCGACAGCGACGCCACCAAGGGAAAUUGAUCGCCGGCGAGGGUCUUCAAUCGGAGUUUUGAGAGAGAGGGGCUAGCUUCAUCUGAGCUUUCUUCUUGCGGACCUGUGCCCUAGAUCGCCGGGAGCCGGAAGCGUGCGUCGACACCACUGUCGUCGAGGACAAGGGUAGAUUCUCUGUGCCCUAGCACUGGUUUCGAUUCCUCCUCUUCUCUGGCUGACGGCGAGGUGCACAAGGUCGCCCUAGCAGCGAUCUUGGAGGUUUCGGUUGAAGAUGAUGGGAUCAAUUGAGUUGUCGGGCAGAAGCUUGAAGGGUUGUUGUGCGAUCUGUGAUCUCCACUGAUUGAUUCCAGUGAGGUGAGGUUCUGUUCUGUGGAGUCUUCGUUUGAUUCCGGCAACUCUACAACAGCAGCUUGAUCAGAGCAGUGAGGUUCUGUUGCUGUGCCACUCCAUUCAGUAGCUACUUGUUCCUACAACUCAUUCAGUAGCUACUUGUUCCUGCAACGGCUGUGAAUCUAGGACUCUGAUUCGAGACGGGCAUCUCGACCUUGGAUUCGCAUGAGAGUACCUUCUAUUUGAGGCAGAAUACAGGAUGACUGAAGUAGUUGUCAACACUGAUCCUGGAAAAAAGAGGCGUUUGCCUUCAUGGAUGGAAAGGUCAAACUCUGUGAAUGAAACAGGCAACUAUUGUGAAACAAAUGGAUCUUCACUAUCAGAAAAGAAACCUGACAUACUGGAUGGUGGUUUUCAAAGAAACUCAAUUGCCAAAACCCAGAAAAAUAAACCAACUGAUGACGUUCUUACUUUAAGUGAACCUGAAACUGUUGAGAGUAACAAAGCUGCACAAAGAAAGACAAAAACAAGUAAAAUAAACGUAGCCAAAGAUAAUUCCUUGUCUAAAUAUGGAACUACUAAAACAAAUAUUGAGGAAGAUGUGGGAACUCUAAAAAAAGUGGCUUAUGGGACUGCUACAAAGACUAAAGUUAGAAAAUCUAAAAGGCAAAAAUGUGAUGAAGUUGCUUGCCCUCCAGCGAAUGACAAUGUAAUAGGAAUCACAGUUGAUGAUUUGGUGCGCAUUGCAGAAGAGUAUGUAAAUGCUGAUAGGCAGAGACAACUUGAAUGCUUAACUUCAAAGGAACAAUUGCAGACACAUCCUUCAAUCUCUUCUGUUUCCAGCGCAUGCGGUCCACACCUGGAUUCUGGAUCCAACAAAACCCUAUCCAGAUGCACUGAAAUGCCAACUUCCAAUCAUUUCACUUGCCAUUUUUUCGAGGCAAAGAAUUCUGAAUCUGAAACAUCAGCAGCAAAUGCCCCCCAAACAGGAGAUUCUGCCCAGAAUAUGUUGGAUCUCCUUUUGGGUCCUCUCCUGAAGAAACCUAAAUCUGAAGACUAUGAAGCAGCAACAUCUGCUAAAGAACAUAUUGCCUUCAGCUAUACAACUAUCAAGCCAUCCACCACAAGAAAGGAAAUCUGGAAAAAUGAUGCAGUUCUGACAAAAAAGAAGAGCAGUUUGAGGGAUAAGGUGGCUAUGUUACUUGACUAAGUUCUGUGCUCAUACGCAAUCAAAACCUAUGUAAAAAUACAAGAUAUGUAUUGGAGCAACGUAUAAGUAAUUGUAAUUCUAUGGAAUAUUUCUUCCAUGGUAGAAAUGUCUACAGUUUGUAUUUCAGAAAAAUUAAAAUUUAUAAACCCUUGUACAGAGAUGUUAUUACAUGAAAACUUCAGUUCUAUCAA